CACACGGUAGCUAAGUUAGUUAGCUUCCGCGUUAAAUGUUACCUGCCCGACUGAGGCGUCCGCUGAAGCUAAAGAGGAGGAGCAGGCCACAGUGUGGAGGCGGUGUGUUUGUGCUGAAGGGUCGCCAUGUAACUACAGCUGAUGUUUCACACAGACAGUCGCUUUGAUGAAGCUUGUGUUGGGUGUUGCUCGGUGUGCUGCUGCUCCAGGUUUCCAGUUCACGAUGGCCCCGAACCAGGUGAUCCUGCAGUUCCGAUUCGCCACAUUUGGUGACUCCAUGCUGCAGAAGAUGAACCUUCUACGACACCAGAGACGCUUCUGUGACGUCACCGUGCGCAUCAACCAUCUAGAGGUCCCUGGUCAUAAGGUGGUGUUUGCCGCUGGCUCUUCUUUCUUGAGAGACCAGUUCAUCCUUCAGCAGGACUCCAGGGAGGUUCAGAUCUCCAUGAUCCAGGAGGCGGAGGUGGGACAGCAGCUGUUGCUAUCCUGCUACACAGGCCAGCUGGAGUUUCCAGAGCUGGAGCUGGUGCAUUACCUGACGGUGGCCAGUUUCCUUCAAAUGGGUCACAUUGUGGAGCAGUGCACUCAGGCCCUUAGCAAGUUCAUCAAACCUCAGGCUGCGCGCCACCUGGAGAUGGAUAUGAAGAUGAGGAGCGAGAAAGGUGAAAGUUUAUCUUCUCAGGCUCAGAGAGAGCAGGGGCGCUCUCAGGUGCGGACUGUGCGUCAGCAGAAGGAGGUAGUAGAGCAGGUUGAGAAUGACAACAAUGGUGAUGACAAGGACGAUGAUGAUGAUGAUGAUGAUGAUGAUGAUGAAGAUGAUAAUGAUGAUGUGAUUAUAGAGCCCAAGUCUCCUCUCCAGGUAUUAAGCAGACACCCAAGGCAGGCUAUGAUGGAGAAUGACAUCACUAUAGUGAAGGUAGAGUCUGUGUCUGACGUUGCAGAGAACUCCAUCACUGGUCACUUCCCCACUAGCCCACCUGCUGCCCUCAAGUCACCUGAGCCCCAGCAUUCGCUCAUCAACUCCACGGUCGACAGCCGCAGCAGUGAGAUGGCGGUUCCACCUGGAAUCGCUGAAUACCCGCUCACCCCCCCUCCUCAGUCCCCUACUGCAGAGAAACACGGCACACACCAGAGGAAUUACGACAAGCCUCUGCAGUGGUACCACCAGUGCCCAAAAUGCUCCCGAGUCUUCCGCCAGCUGGAGAACUACGCCAACCACCUCAAGAUGCACAAGCUCUUCAUGUGCCUCCUGUGCGGAAAGACUUUCACACAAAAAGGCAACCUGCAUCGACACAUGCGCGUCCAUGCCGGCAUCAAGCCCUUCCAGUGUAAAAUCUGCGGCAAGACCUUCACCCAAAAGUGUUCUUUGUUGGAUCACCUUAACCUGCACAGCGGGGACAAGCCCCACCGCUGCAACUACUGCGACAUGGUGUUUGCUCACAAGCCUGUUCUUCGCAAGCACCUCAAACAGAUCCAUGGGAAGAAUAGCUUCGAUAAUGCAAACGAAGGUAGCCUGCAUGACGGGGGGAUUGACUUUGAAUUUGGCCAAAUAUGAAAUCUGUGGACCGGGUUGUUUUGAAGAUUCGUUGGAUGCCAUCAGUUGGAUGCAGACUUUCCUUCAGAUGGGACAUUACUCAAAUGAGUCAUCGUAAAUCUAAGAGAUCCAGAAACUGACACAGUUUAGUCGAAGCUGGAUCAUUAAGCUAAGGACUGCAUUAUGAGUGAACGUGAUAACAAGUUUCAGCCUACUUUUAAAGACUUCACUUGGAGAACAUUGACAUGAAAGAUAGACGUUUUCCUAGUCUACAUUUAACUGUAGCUUCAUUUACUGUGGACAGUUUUUUUGUAGAAUAUAUUGUAGAUGCCUUCAUAUCAUACUUGAAUAUUCAGCACUGAAACACAAAACAUAAUGACUGUGCAUCAUUAGUUUUAUUGAUGAAUUAACAUGUCUUUGUGUCCAAUGUGUCCAAUGAAAGAAUAACCUUGCAGACAAUUAUCCAUUUGUAUAUUUGUGUAUUCAUUCUUCUGUAGGCUUUCUGUAUCGAUAUGACAACACAGACUUCAUACGUAUAGAAACUUGAAAGAGGAUGGGUUUAGAUAUAUUUUAUUGAAGGCAAGCUACACCAGUGACAAAUGAGAUGCCAAAGUGUCUAUGUGAACUGAAAUUUCUUUUAUAAAGACUUAAUAUCUGAGGUACUAUUGGACCAAAGUGACAUUGUAUCUGUCUUGUGUUCAUAAACGUCAGUGUGUUAUGGCAUUAAAACCAGAAUCUGAACCAAUGUUGGUUUCAUUUUCUUUAUGCUGUCACAUAAUUCCAUCCAAUAUAUAAUCAGAUUUAAUAUUCUAAAAGUAUAUUACAUGCAAAAUAUUAAUGCAGUAUUGAAUGAAUGGUCGUCCUCCAACCAGAGGGAUGGUGGCUCGGAUCCCAGCCCAUGCCAAAGUGUCCUUGGGCAAGAUGCUGAACCCUGAAUGGCACCUCAUAGAUGUUGAAUAUACCAAUUGGAAGUUUUUUGGGAUAAAAGCAUCAGCUAAAUGACAAUGUCAUUUAUUGAGAAGUAUGGAGGUUUGAGUCCACACUAGUCUUUGACUGUGGUUAUAUUCCUAACCACAGUUCUUGAUAUGCUCACUGUGUUUUAAGUACUUUGUAUAUUUUUCAUUUUGUAUUUCAAAUGAAAUCUUUCAGUAAACCUUUU